AUGAAAGAAACACAAAAGGGUCUUGAAACCUCGGACCAAAACUGGCCGUACCGUGCUUAUGCAACCAACAGCGAGUAUGUUUACCGCCAGCUGCAAAGCUUCCAGCCACAGCUGCAUCAAGAGAACAUUCAAAGCCCCUCGAGACUUGCAAGUGUCAUUUCUUCAUCCUCGCCACGAACCCUCGCAGGUUAUGUCGGCAAUGCCUCUGCUGCAUGGACCCCGACUUACUCUCGGAUGUGGCCUGACACGCCGAGUUAUCAUGCCAGCGCUACACAGCCUCCGAUUAUAUAUCCCUUGCCGGAUGUUUCAUUUAGUCGUUUUCCAGAGCCGCAGGACUUCCAGGAAAAUAGCCACAGUGUUGUCGGUCAUACCCAUAGAUGCAGUCCUGACUCGAAGCUACUGUCACAGGCAGAGGACAUGACCUGGCCUAGCCGUCUCUUGGACAUGAACUCGCUCAUUGAUGGCACUGGUAACAGACAGCAUGUCCAAAGCAGCAGCAGCAAUGUCAACAGAAGUGGCCAAAUUCUCGAUACCUCACCCACAUUGAUGUCGUCGUCGGCUCCGACACAGUGGAAGACUCCUCUGCAGGAGCUCCACGACUUCCACAACCGGGCCAGAUUCGGUCAGACCCCAGUACGGAGAGACUACAUCUCCGGGCAAGACGGUCUCGCUCAGCUGGACGGGGCGACAUUUAUGGCGUCAAGAAGAGAUGAAAUUCAGGGCCAAACUCUCCGCAGUCUGGGACCUGUGGGAUCCGGCAGCAGCUCUGAAAGUCUUGGAAGCCUCAGCACCUUUGGCAAUUUCAUCCAUCCGCCUUGUGCUGCCUCGACAACCGGAAGCCUCGGACAAGGCUCGUCGCAAGGAAGACAGCAACAGCGGCAAACAGAGCCUGAAGUGAGGAAGGACGAGACAGGACGCCAUGGCGGAUCGGAACCGAGUCCUGGUGCUGCCAGUACUGUCUCGGCUGCCACUGCAUCCACUGCAUCGACCACGUCUGGUUCUGGCGCAACACCGCCCUGGCCGUCUGCACCCGGGUUCCGGCCACCGCUGACCGGUUAUGAGUUUGAGCUGCAACACGAAGCCAACCUGCGUGAGCUCCAGAGCCAGAAGAGGUGGGCGCGCCUGCAGCUGAGCUCGUGCAAUGAAAACGCGCGUUUCCACCACACGCAGACGACGGGCUGCAUCGUGGCCGUCAACGGCCAUAUUAUCGGGCCCUACAACCCAGACAGUCUCCGCUGUUAUGGGACCAGCCCAGAGGUUGUAGGGCUGCGCGUGACCAUGACGGUGCACGAUGGAAGCGAACAGAGCUCGCAGGCCGCAGCGGAUGGCGCCGACAACGACAACUCUCCUCUCUUCGACGAGCCAACGCUCGUGCUGCGAUACCAGAUUGUCGUGCCGUCCCGCCGGGGAAUGACUUCCGGGGCCUCUGGAUACCCUGGCCAGCCCAGCCGCCGAGCACCAUCAUCGUCAGGCUUGGGCGCUGGCACAUCUGCCUCGAUGUCCACGACAGCAUCAUCUGCGGGAACUACCCAUCAACAGGGCCGUCGCCGCCAUUUCGCAACCACGGCAAUCCCUCUGCGGCGCGGCAUCGCCGCUCGGCCGGGAUACCGUCCGCUCGAGGCGGCUGAGGCGGUCAAUCGCAUCCGCUCCUGGGGCGGGCAGCCGUCACGCGGCGUGUUUGGAAACGCCUGGUUGGUGCGGCUGGCUAUCGAACCAGGUCACGUGCAGCACACGGUUGACAACCGGGCCACGGAACUGUUGACCGGCUGCGGGCUGGGUGAGAAGGGAGGCGCAGGAAGAGCUGGCUGGUUUUCAGGUGGGCAACAGCAGAAUGCGGCGUCGGUCAGUCCGACCGCCCUCGACUGCAUGGUCGCCGUCAACCAGAGCAUGAAGGCGUUGGGCCAGCGGGACGGCACGCUGUCAAUCAUGCUGUCGAACCACUCGACGCAAAAGCGCAUGGCACGACAGUGUCCAGACCUGGUGGCGAUGUGGGUGCUGGCACAAGAGAACCUGACGAACCCAUUUACAACCAACAUGCUGUCCCGCUUUACAAAGCAGCUUUGGCAGCCAGAGCUGCUGAAGAUUGCAGGCCAAAGUUCCAACUUCGUGUGCAAGCCUCACCAGGUGGUAGACGCCGGUACGCUGGUGCAACUCUGCAAGACUCCCAUCCACGGCGGACUGCUGGCAAACGAGACGGGCACAGGCAAACCGGCAGCAUACCUCCUCGCCCUGGUCAUGCAGCAACUCGAAAAGGAGCGGGUGCACGCCGCUGGCACGCCGACCAUCUUCAAGCCUGCGAUGCUUGUCGUCCCAGCCGCCGCCAUCGCCCAAGUCGUCAACGAAAUCCAAGUGGUUACUGGCGACUCUUUCCAGAUGGCGGGCAACUACUCCCACCCAGAGGCCAUCAACGACGAGUCGGAGAAGCGACUGCGCGCCGGGUGGACUGCUGCUUGUACAGUAACGGAAGUUGGUAAGAGUUGCGUCUUGGGCAGGAAGGACACGUGUGGAGGGCACACCUAA